GAAGGUUUUUGACCUUGUUGGAAUCAGCACUGAGGCGCCUUAGUUGUGUCUGUGCACAGGUAGGUCUCGUGGUUGGCAUGUAUUAGUGCUUUAAUUGCUUCCUUCGAAUUUUGAGUUAAAUUUACGACGGUUUAAUCCCAGGUAUAAGAAUGGCAGUUGGCGGUCAGAAAAAGGUUACUAAAGGAGGAAAGAAGGGCGGGAAGAAGAAGACGUCCGACCCAUUCACAAAAAAGGAGUGGUAUGACAUUAAGGCUCCAGCUAUGUUUUCCAAGAGAACUUGUGCGCGAACACUGGUUACACGAACUCAAGGCACACGUAUAGCCAGUGAAGCACUCAAAGGUCGUGUAGUUACACUUAGUCUCGGAGAUCUUAGCGAGAAGAAUGAAGAAUUCUUCCGCAAAUUCAAACUCCAGGUUGAAGAUGUCCAGGGACGUCACUGCCUAACAAAUUUCCAUGGACUGGAACUUACUCGAGACAAGUUGUGUUCAGUUGUUGUGAAGUGGCGUUCAACCAUCGAAGCACAUGUUGAUGUAAAGACAACAGAUGGAUACUUACUUCGUUUCUUCAUAAUCACGUUCACUCCAAGUGUUCCUCGAUCUGAAAGACUCCAUUCUUACGCACAGAGCACACGUAUUAAACGGAUCCGUGCGCGUCUUGUCGACAUUAUUCAACAGGAAGUUUCUACUUGCGACUUGAAAGAGGUCGUCAAUAAGCUUAUUCCAGACUCCAUUGCUCAGGAUGCUCGGAAAGCCGCAUCAUGGAUUUAUCCACUUAGUGAAACAUAUAUUCGCAAGGUUAAGGUGCUAAAAAAACCGAAAGCUGAUCUUGCUCGGUUGAUGGAACUUCACGGCGAAUCAAAGUCGGCCGCUCCUGGGGAAACUGUUUCUCGCCCAGAUCACUAUGAACCUCCAAAAGUUGAUUCAGUGUAAUUCAAUAUAAAAUUCACCUGGAUAUAAUUGCCUUCCAUAUGUAUUAGCAACUGGAUAUAUGUUAGCGUAAUCAUUAUAAUGCUGACUCGUUCUAUUUACUGUACUACUUAAUUGGAAUAUAUACAGCGCAUUAGUUUCUCAUGUCAGCACCCACAUCUAGUUGUAACGUCGAUUGAGUUACCAAAUGUUGGUCGGUUUCGCAAUUGCCCAGUAGUCUGCUCUCUGUUUUAUAGAUAUGUGUUGUCCAAGAACAGCUUAUUAAGUAUUAUUAAACUUCCUGUAGGUAAGAUAAUGUUCUGAGAUCAGUCAUGCAAUAGUUCUUGACAAUCUCACAUUCUCACUCAGUUCUCUUAGUUCUGUACAAUGUUUUACUGUUUUGGUCAUAAUUCUUGGUAGUUUUGCACUUUUUUAGACGUUACUAAAGUCACUAAGUUCCAUUAAAUGCCAUGCUUGGCAGUCAAUGCGAAAAACCCGGCUUGUGUUAGGCAAGUAUGACUAGGUGAUUAAAAUAGAAUAAACGGUUUGGUUCUUGG